AUGGACGCGCCUGGCGCGACGGAGGCAUCGGAGGAUGCCCUUCGGAUAAGCCCAACGAUGGAGGCAUCUGCCGAGCAGAUUGUCCAUUCACCUACCGCCCAUCGCAAACACCGAACCGAGGAUAAGAGUGACAAAGAGGACACGAAUGACGAUGACGACGAAACGGAGGGUGCCGCGACCGAGGAGGAGACCGAAGAGGACGAGGACAAUGAUGAGGAGGAGGAAGAGCCCCGGCUGAAGUACACAUACAUGACGAAGCAUUUGGGGGCGGUGUAUCGCAACGGAGAUGCAACGAGCUCCUUUCUCGCCGCGGGUGAUAAGAUGAUAAUUGGAACCCAUAAUGGCAAUACUCAUGUACUGUCACUCCCCCUGUUUCAGUCGCUGCGUGUGUACCAUGCACACUCGGCGAGCGUGACGUCUAUCUCGGUGUCACCCUUCCCUCCACCUCUACCGAGCAUCAAAUCAGACACCCUUACGAGAGUACACGAAGAUCUCGGUCACCCGACCAAACCAUUGUCCAGCGGCGGCAGUAUUCGCGGCCAAUCAAGGUCAAGCCAUCAAUCGGUCAUCCCUUCCACACCUUCGAAUGCGAUCUACAUUGCUACGUCUUCGCUGGAUGGAAACGUAUGCGUUGCGUCUCUUGUAGACCCCAAAGAUGUCCUCUUGCGGAACUUCGGCAGGCCCGUUCAAGCGGUGGCACUUUCUCCAGAUUACAAAACCGACCGAACAUUCUUGUCGGGAGGGCGCGCUGGCGAUCUUAUACUCACCACAGGUGGCCGAGUGGGUACGAGUACAAAUUCGACUACAAUGGGGGGAGCUGCAGCCACUGCCACCAGCUGGCUUGGGUCCCUGGGCCUAGGAGGCAGCACAGGAAAGGACAGCAUUCUGCAUAGCGGAGAGGGUGCGAUUAGCACAAUAAAGUGGUCUUUGUCAGGGAAAUACGUCGUCUGGGUCAAUGAGGAAGGGAUCAAGAUCAUGCGAUCUAACCUCCAUCUGGACUCGGCGGAUGCGGAACUUGCCUGGAGGCGUGUCAGUCACAUCGAUCGCCCCAACCGUACAGGAUGGGAGGAGAUGGCUAGUGUCUGGAAAGCGCGUGCAGAAUGGGUUGAUGAACGAGCCUGGGGAAGUGAAGAUUCCAAGACGCGGGAAGGAUCCCAGGACCAUUCCACCCCGGCCCAGGCGAUCCCCACCCAAGAAAGGGUUGAAAAGCUGGUGGUAGGAUGGGGCGGCACUGUUUGGGUGAUUGACGUUUACCCUGAUCGGCCAAGCAAAUCCAACAAGGAUCGAAGAAUUGGAUCUGUCGAAGUCGCGACGAUAUUACGAACCGACUGUGUUAUCUCCGGCAUAUCGCUUUAUACACCGACGUUGCUGGUGGUUCUUGCAUACAUCGAGGCGGAGAAAGACGUUUCGGAAGAAGAGCGGACCAAGCACGGUAGUCUUCGUGGAGGUCGUCGACGUCCAAGAGGCCUGGAGCCUGAGCUUCGCAUCAUCGAUAUUCAAAGUAAAGAAGAGCUCAGCGCCGACACCCUUUCGGUUAGCCGUUAUGAGACACUCACGUCCUCGGACUACCACCUAUGUGCCAUACCUCCCUGGAAGACCGGUGUCUCCGUCUCUCAGCGUGGAACACUUGAAGCUCUGGGGACUGGGUUAUGGGAUGCAACCAUGUAUCCUGCGCGACUGUUCAGCUCGGGCGCGAGUAUUCGCAGUACGACAAGCAGCGGCGACAAAGGCUCCAGUCGGGCGCCAAGCACAUUUACCUCGCGGCGGAUUUCGGUGGAGGAGCCUGCGUCGAAGGAGGUACAAUCGAUUGCAGGCAACUCAGGACCGAAGAUUUUCAUACACAGCCCGUAUGACUCGGUAGUUGCACUCAAGCGGGAACUGACCGAUCGCCUGGCAUGGCUCAAGGCCCACGAAAGAUACGAAGAAGCCUGGAACCUCCUCGACGAGCAUCCUGAGGCAGCAGGUGCAGGGACCGUCAUUCCGCCUAUUGACAGCGUACCCGGCACUCCCGUACGGUCGCAAACCAGUUUUGGGGAGUUCUUCGCCGACGACAGAUCCUCAAUCACGACGACCGGCCGGGCGGUUGGUUCUCCCGCCGAGCAAGAGAAGAGUCUGGUUGGCGAGCUGUGGAUAGAGCAGCUUGUUGACGCGAACAAUUGGACUGCUGCCGCCGAAGUGUGCGUGAAGGCAAUUCAUUCCACGCCAAGGUGGGAUCACUGGGUCUGGACAUUCAUCAAACACCACAAGGUCGACGAAAUUUCUUCAGUCAUUCCGACUGAUCUGCGCCCGCCGCUACCUCCAGCUACCUACCAGGCCAUUCUUGGUCAUUAUGUCACUAAAAAUCGACAGAGGCUCAGUGAGCUGGUGGAUUCGUGGUCCUUUGAUUUGUUUGACGUCAACAGCAUUGCGACCAUAAUCGAAGAGGAACUGCAGCCUGGUGUGGUUGCGGCGCAAACAGAGGACUGGCGUAUUUUGAUGGCGUGUCUUGCCAAAUUGUAUCUCGCCGGCGGCCACUACGGCGAAGCAUUGCGCUGUUAUAUUCGACUUCAAGAUGCCGACACGGCUAUGGCUCUUAUUAAAGAGCAUCGCUUACUGGACGAGCUCACUAACGACAUCCCGGCAUUUAUAAUGAUCCGUGUGUCUAAAGCGCAGAUGAAAUCCGCGCCCGUCUCAGAGCUCGACGAAGUGACAUCUGAGCCCAUCAAGCUCCUCGUCAGCGAAGCGUACACGGGCAUUGUACGUCCGGAAAUCGUCGUCGAUCAACUGAAAGCAACCAAUCGCCUAUUGUUCUUAUACUUCUACCUGCGAGCCCUGUGGCGAGGCGAAUCGCUCCCUCACGGGGCCGGUAAGCCCCGACGAGGACAUGGUGCUCACAUCCGGGACGCUGCCAGCAAGCUCGCGGCGGAUGAAGGGAAAGCGCUGGUCGACAACUUCGCAGACACGGCCGCGGAGCUCUUCGCGGACUACGAUCGUCCAUUACUGAUGGAGUUCCUGCAGAUCAGCACUUCGUACUCCUUCGACCUGGCCGUCACCGUCUGCGAGACCCGCCACUUCACCCCGGAGCUCAUCUAUCUCCUCUCCAAGACCGGGCAGACCAAACGUGCCUUGAACCUCAUUCUCUCCGAUCUUAAAGAUGUCUCGCAGGCCAUCUCCUUCGCUAAGUCCCAAAACGAGCCGGACCUCUGGGAGGACCUCCUAGACUACUCGAUGGACAAGCCACGGUUCAUCCACGGCCUGCUCGUCGAAGCCGGAACCUCCAUCGACCCCAUCAAGCUGGUCCGGCGCAUCCCUAGCGGUCUCGAGAUCGAAGGUCUCCGCGAGGGACUUUCCCGACUGAUUCGCGAACACGACCUACAGGCCAGUAUCAGCCAGGGCGCUGCCAAGGUGCUCCAGAGCGAGGUCGCCGUCGGCAUGGACACCCUGCGUCGGGGCCAGCGACGCGGCAUCAAAUUCAACAUCAUCGAAAACGACAAGACCAAAGAUCCGCCCGCCGGUCCCCCUUCGUUCGACCCCGCAGGCAAAGACGAGGUGAAAAGUGACGCCGACACAGAGCGUACUUCUAUUCCUUUCGCCUCCGCUGCCUCGUCCUUUACCUCGCAAGUGGGUCGGUGUGCAGGCUGUCAGCAGCCUUUCAUUGCUAAUGAAAAAGAAAUCCUCAUCGGUUUCGCCUGCGGCCACGUCUUCCACCUAUCGCACGUCCACCCCACCUCAUCAUCACCCACCUCCUCACCAGACAGCCGAUCGGCGACACAAACGCCCCGACCGUGGGCGCCGUCUCGAACCCAAACUCAAAUGAUCGACGAACCGUCACUUUCCGCUGCUGCAUCCCGGACCGUCGGGCCGAAGGUCACGACUGCGCGUUUGCUGAGGGAUCGGGUCGGAGAUGGAUGUCGGAUUUGUGCCCUGGCGAGGGAGAUGGAGAAUCUUGGGGAGAGUCAUAUCGAGGCGUAA